AUGGACGCGUUUGGGGAAAAACGCGGUCGCCGGCCGAUAUGCAACGUCCGCGCGCUUUGCCGCUCACUGAGUCACCAGUUACCGCACAGUUUGCAUAUGGAUGGUGUGCACUGCAGAUCGCACUUUUCGCAGCGACGGCGAGACGAGACGCGCUCCGUUAUCGCACAAUCAGCUGACGCACUGAGCGCCGGGAAAAACGCUAUAACACGCUCGAUCGGGUUAUUCGCGUCUGAGUGGUUCCGUGACGCGGGGCGACGGCCGACUGGAAGCAAGAAGUGGAGCGAGGGAGUGGUGGACGGCAGGUGGUGGGAUCGAUACCACAGUCUGGGGCGCACGCAUCGGCUGACCGUUCGCGUGGCGGCCUCACUACGCGAAAAGUCGGACUAUAAAAGGGGCCAGGAGAGUGCUAGACGGGCGGUUCAGUGGUGGAACUCGAAGAGGCAGGAAGAAGAAGAAGAAAAG